AUGUUCCUGAUAGCUCUGGCUCUAAGUGAUAUUCUGAUGUCUACUAUCUGUAUACCUUUUACAGUUGCAAGUCUUUUCCACGGCAGGUGGAUCUUUCAUGAAACGGUCUGCCGUUUUCAAGCAUUUGAUAUAUUUACAUUUGGGACGAGUAGUGUUGGAACUAUGGCAGCAAUUGCAGUCAGCCGAUAUUUCUGUGUUGUUAAUCGGGAAAAGUAUCCCUCGCUGUUUAAGAAACAAAGAUCCGUGAUGUACAUUUUCAUUGUUUGGUGUUUGGCUCUGGUUGGAUCUGUGCCCAUAUUAGUCUUCAAAAAUAACAGCGUUGAAUUCCAGCCUGGAAAAGCAAUGUGUCUGUACAAAUUUGAAAGUAACAUUGCUUACUCUGUCUUUAUGCACUGCUGUUUUAUCACAACACCCUUGAUUAUCAUCAAGAUCUCCUAUUUCAAAGUGUUCCGCGCCGUGUCGAGAUCAAAUCGUGUUUUCUCACUGGAAAAUAACCUGGAACUUCUUCGGGUGAAUGUGGAAGAAGCCAAAGUGACGAAACGCUUGGUAGCAGUUGUGGUCGGCUUUGCAUGCUGUUGGCUUCCCGUUUUUGUCGUUGAUAACAUCGACAUGGCACGUGGAGAACCCACGCUACCACGACAAGUGUACUUGACUAACAGCCUCUUAAUUUACCUGAGUAGCACCAUAAACCCAUUCAUAUAUUGUGCCACAGAUAAGAGGUUCAGACGAGAGUAUAAGGUUGUUUUGAGGAAGAUUUUUACCCUUAAAUGCCGAGACAACAGCGAGAACGGUAACGCCUAACUGAAAUAGCCAGAGAAAUGUGGUAGGAAUGUGAAUGUGGAGGAAACCAAAAUGACGAAGCGUUUGGUUGCAGUUGUAGUCGGCUUUGCAUGCUGCUGGCUUACUAUUUUCAUCAUCGACAAUAUCGACAUGGCGCAUGAAGAGCCCACGCUACCACGACCAGCUUACUUAGCAUAUGGCUUUUUGCUUUACUUGAGUAGCACCAUAAACCCCUUCAUAUAUUGUGCCACAGAUAAGAGGUUCAGACGGGAGUAUAAGGCUGUUUUCUGGAAGAUUUUUAGCUUCAAAUGCCGAGCCAACAACGAAAACAACGACGGUUAACUGAAAUGGCUCAAGACCUGGUGUAGUGGUAGUUUUUUUUCUGAGAUUUUAACUGAGGUUGUUACUGGUAAAAUUGGAAACAUUUGAAGGUCUUCACAAGAACCCAUGUUGAUUUGUAGACUGGCUUGAGUUACCGAAAAGAGUGACAAAAUAAAUACUUUGCACAAACCUAGAAGUCAUUUGGAGGAUCCCUAAGACAGGUACCCUGAGUGAUUGCAGCAUCUGGCGGGGAAUUACCCUCUUAUCAGUACCAAGAAAAAUCUUGGCUAAGAUCAUCAUCAAGUGAAUGUAAACACAGUGGACCAAGAGCUCGGGAAGGAACAAGUAAGGUUCAGGGAAGGAAAGGAAUGUAGCGAACAGAUCUUUUCUUUCAAAAUAUCAUCAGGUAACGCACGGACUGGAAAAGACAGCUGUGCAUUAACUUUUACAAAGCAGUUGACAGCAUCCAUAGAGACAGUCUCUUUUUAAUUUAAAAGAGGAAUUUUGUUCUCGAGAAAAACUGUUAUGUAUGUAAAAGUGAAUUUUUGUUUGUAUAUGGAUAUCAGUUUAAAACAUUUCUCUUUUCAUUUACACUUUUCUUAUUGAGGUUAAUUUCCUGUGCCCUCCAAUGACUUCUCUGAAGCUCGGGGCCAAACUAGAGAUAAUCGAAAGGAACAUCUUAAAACAGAUGUCCGCAAAUUUGAGUAAACUUCUUCAAUCAUAACUCAGCCGGGACAUGACCGUUUGAGUUUACAUGUCGUCUUCAUCAUUAUUAUCCACUGUAAGUGAGAAAUUGUUGCUUUGAAAUAUGUAAAAUUGGACGUGAACUUUUUCUCAGAAAUAUUCUUAAUUAAACCUACUUAACUGUCAUUCAAAUGUUCAACACACUCAACAUACAGUAACCUACUUUCGUCAAACCCUAUAAUAAAUUAAAUAGGCUGAUACUUGUUCAAAUAAUUACGCCAAAAUUUUUUUCAGUUUAAACUAAGAAUUCGUACAAAGUGAACUGUUUUCUUUCCAAGGAAUAUCUGUUAUUUUAACAGCAAACAUAUAGAAAGGGGUCUUUUUAUUUGAUUUCAGUGCACACAGCUCAUAAUUACAUUCCUUGGAGUUGGGCUUGUUAAUCGGGCACCUGACAAAUUUUAAAAUUUGCCAAAGCCAAAGAAACGAAGCGUUUGGUUGCAGUUGUAGUCGGCUUUGCAUGCUGCUGGCUUCCUAUUUUCAUCGUCGACAAUAUCGACAUGGCGCAUGGAGAGCCCACGCUACCACGACCAGCUUACUUAACAUACGGCUUUUUGGUUUAUUUGAGUAGCACGAUAAACCCCUUCAUGUAUUGUGCCACAGAUAAGAGGUUCAGACGAGAGUAUAAGGUUGUUUUCUGGAAGAUUUUUGGCUUCAAAUGCCGAGCUAACAACGAAAACAACGACGCUGAACUGAAAUGGCACAAGACCUGAUGUAGUAUGGAGAUUUUGUCCGAGGUUGUUACUGGUAAAAUUGGAACAUCUGGGUGUCUUUACACGAAACCAUGUUGACUUGUAGACUGGCUUGAAUAACCGAAAAGAUUGAGAAAAAUAAAUACUUUACACAAACCUGGAAGCAAUGUUGAGGAUCCCAAAGUCAGGCACCUUUAGUGGUUGCAGCAUCUAGCGGAGAAUUACCCUCUUAUCAGUUCCAAGAAAAAUCUUGGCUGAGAUCAUCAUCGAGUGGAUAUAAAACACGGUGGACCAAGCGUUCGUGAAGGAACAAGUAAGGUUCAGGAAAGAAAAGGGUUGCACCGACCAGAUCUUUACUUUUCAAACAUCAUCAGGUAACGCACAGAGUGGCAGUUGACAGCAUCCUCAGAGAUAGUCUCCUGUACUGGAUCCUGCAGCAAAUAUUUCAUCAUUGUCAUCAUCAACAUCAUUUUAUUAGUCACUUCAGAUAUAACAUUUAUACAGGCUUAACAGUAUGGUAGGGCGAGGAGACCUUUAAGAAACCACCAAGCUUAUAGGGAAGGCCACCUCGGUUGUCAUUACGUUUGAAAUUAAGAUGUGGAUGUGGAUGUGCGGCUUGGCCAAUUCGGACUCAUUUCAUUAAGAAAUCAAUCAUCUUUCUUUUAAAAGUAAGAAAAGAUAGUCAAACCAGUGAUCGAUAUUGGGAGAGAAUGCCAAGUUUAAGGACCCUGUUAGAGUAUUGUAAAUUGUUCAAGAUUAGUACGACAGAAGAUCAGGAAGAUCAGCCAAAACAAGACGGAAUUUAUGAUUCCGAAUGUCCCAAACCCCCAGCUGAUUAGAAAUGGAAUUCACGUACCUGGGCAAUACAGUCAGACAUGAUGAAGGAACAAGCAAGGACAUCAAGAACCGCUUAGUGAAAGUCAUCAAUGUAGUCAGCAUGCUCAACAAUGUAUAGAGGUCCCAGCAGUAGAGCACUAAGAUCAGGCAAAAACUAUAUCAUAGCUGUGUCGCAUCCACCCUAAUAUGUGGCUCUGAAGAAGGCGAUCUAUGCAGAUGGUCAGUCUUCCAUAGUCUUCCUAAAUUUUGUGUUAGAUACAGUUCCCUUUGGUUUGCGCACUGGACUCAACAAUGUCUGGUCGUUAAAAAAAGCGAAAAGCUAGAAAUUUGGCUCACAUUUGAUCAUCGUAUUCACGCGGUUGUUAAUGAAAAAAAAACUUAUGAAUUUUUUCUUUUGUCCAAACUAAAAGUCAAGAUGGCGUCAAUUCUUUAUUUCAGGAAGCGAUUUCAGUGAUAUUGAAGAGUUUGCCAACUCGUAUAAUUGAUUUCCAAACCUUUAUCAGGGAGAUAUUUUUCAAAUAAAACUUUAAUUUUCUUCUUGAACCGCUAGAACAGUUUUUUUGAUGAGUCAGUGUUGUCUAAAAGAUAACAUCUCUGUUUACUCGCAGCUUUACAAUUUUCAUUUUAAGACAUUCCACAAAGAAUUACGAUUGAAUUUCAUGAGUUUAGGUAAACGACUAAUUUACUGUUUAUUACGUUGUUAUAUUACAGUUUCUAAGUUUCUAAGCCGACGAUUUUUCUAACUUCUUCUUUCGUUCUAGAUACGUGAAUAAAUGUAAGAAGGCUGUAAACUUAUGGUUAAUUUAGAGCUUAGAUUGACUUUUCCGCUUCGUUAUUUGAUAACAAGAUGUUCUUACAAUAUCCUCUCGGUCUUAGAACAAAGGUUUUUAAUUUAAGCAGAAAUUUAGAGUGGCUUAAAUUAUAAUUUCAAAUUUGACCGUCACUUAACCUUCGCGAUCUUAUAUGCCCAUCCAAAAAAAAUUAGUUCCCCCAUACGAUGCCGAAAAUUGUUAAUAACAGACUGGACUUCAAUUUUUUUUCUGAGAGAGGGUUUUAGUUUUUUCCAGCUAUUUUUACUGCAGAAAUGAGAGUUGUUCAAACUCUUUAAGAUAUCUUAUCCCUUUCGUGAGCGGCGUAAUUAUAUGUUUGUUUAUUAACCUGCUGUGUGAAGAAAUUGUUUAGACAAGAUACGGAGAAAUAGAAACAACAUCUUUUCUUUCACUCUAAAGAGAUAUGUCGAUAUAUUAAAAGCGAUUCAACAACACUUAUCCGGAGUUAAAUUACAUAGUUCCAUUAUAAUAAACCUCUUUCAGCAACAACGCCAUACCGCACGAGCUCUCGCCGAACAGAAACAGUUUUCAUUUGGCCCUACAACUUCCAACUUGAUGAGAAUGAUAACAACGAUGACAUACAGACAUUUUUUAAUAUUCAUUAAUUGCAAUGUGUUUACAGAUAGGAUGUGAUGGAAAAUAACAUUUGCUUUUCGGUGUUGGUAGAAAGUGUUGGUAAUCGCGCACACCAGCGGGUUUCGCCGAUCCCUGCUUCAAAAAGUUGACAACAAAGACUGUGCAGAAGUGUAACUGAAUUAAUAAUCUUUUCGCCGAGCUAGAGCUUAUUGACCAAAAGCAGUGAUGACAAGUGAACUCUCCCUUGAGCUUGCCACAAGAGAGGAGGUGUUAGUGUGGACUGAAACAGUUCUGUUUGCUUUUACCAAUGUCGUGGCUGUCUUCGGAAAUCUUCUCACUUUUUACGCCGUGUACAGAAACCACAGGCUGCGAACAGUUACCAACAUGUUCGUAAUAGCUCUGGCUUUCAGCGAUAUUCUGAUGUGUACCUGCUGUAUGCCUUUUACAGUUGUCGCUCUGUUCCAUGGCCAGUGGAUAUUUGGCAAAUCUUACUGUCUCUUUCAAGGUUUUGCCGCGCUGACUCUCGCGAUGGUCUCCAUAGUUACCAUGGGUGUCAUUGCCGUCAACCGAUUCUUCUGCGUUGUAAAACCAGAAAAGUAUCUCUUUGUGUUUAAGAAGCAAAGAGCGUUGAUAUACAUUGUCAUUGUGUGGUGCCUGGCUUUCGCUGGAUCUGUGCUCCCGUUUUCCUUUGUUUGCAAUGUGUUCGUACACGUUUGA